AAGGCCCAGGUCCGUAUGAAGAAACUCUUGGAGAAAAAAUAGCGGGAGGCUGAAAAAGAUGAUCACUGCAAUUCCAUCCCGGUCUCCAAGAGAACAUUUAUUACAGUUUUAGUCUCACUGCCAAAUUACUAUACUGCAAUUCAAGACUCUUACAAUCACUUUGCCGCUCACAAACCACCGACACCACCACCGUCGAUUUUUUUAAAGGCGGGCCUUGUGUUAUGGCUCACCGGAGCGAAGCGGAAGCAAAUGGGGAUGAUCAUCCGCAAUCUUCUUCUCAGGCGGAGAAACCCUUGCCCCAUUUCUUUAAGAUUAUUCUUCCUAGGACCAUUACUCAAAAGAAGCUGAAAAUUCCAACUAAAUUUGUGCGGAAGUUUGGGGAUGAACUUUCUGAUGUUGCCAAUUUCAUCCUACCUAAUGGUUAUCAUUGCAAAGUGGGAUUGACAAGAGUGCAAAAUGAGAUUUGGUUUGAUAAUGGUUGGCAUGAAUUUGCAGAACAUCAUUCAAUCUGCAAAGAAUACCUUCUAGUCUUCCGGUAUAGAGGUUUCUCCAAUUUCAGUGUACUCAUAUUUGAUGUUUCUUCUUGUGAGAUUGAGUACCCGCAUAAUGAUCAAAUCCUCACCUGUGGUGAUAACAAUCGUAUACAAAAUCAGGUUGAUGUGGACUGUAAUACCUUGACUGAGGACCUUUGUGCUGGUACUGUUUUUAAAAGCAAAGCUUGUGAUGCAAGUGCAAGCAAAAUUCAAUCUGGAAAACGACUCCCUCUAUCUGAACUGGAUCCCAGAAAGAAGAAAAUAAGUAGAGGUGUUGGUUCAUCAAUGAGCCCAAAUUUUGAGCGCCAAUAUCAGACAAGAAACAAGGUGAAGGCGGAGCAGUUGGCUGAAUUGAUUAAUGGUGGUGCUAAUAAAUCAAGAAGAAACCGAACUGCCAAACGUAAAAUAUCUCGCUCUUGCGAGGUUAUUGAAUUACAAGAUGGCAAUUGCUCUGAAGGUAACUCUAAUGAGGACCUCUGUGCUAGAACUCUAUUACCACGUAGUACUGUUUUUAAAAGCAAAGUUUGUGAUGCAAGUACAAACAAAAUGGAAUCCAGCAAACGACUCCCUCUAUCUGAACUGAAUCCCAGAACGAAGAAAAGAAGUAGAGGUGUUAGUUCAUCAAUGAGCCCAAAUUUUAAACACCACUAUCAGACAAGAAAUAAAAAGGCGAAGAUAGAGCAGUUGGUUGAAUUGACUGAUGGUUAUGCUAAUAAAUCAAGAAGAGACCGAACUAACAAACAAAAAAUAUCUUGCGCUCAAGAGGUUAUUGAAUUACAAGAUGGCAAUUGGUCUGAAGGUGAUAAUAAGUGGGUAGCAAACUCUGAAGAAUAUAUAGAAACUAUCUCUAGUGAAAUGUCCAAGUUUAUAGAGGUGUUGCCAGAGAGUAAGACGGCAAUGCUUGCUGCUGGGGAGUACAAGCCAAAACAAACUUCUUUUAUGAUUGUGUUGAGACCAUAUAAUUGCUAUGCCGGUAUAAUUUCUGUUCCUAGACAAUUUUCUGGAAAUUUUCAUAGAAAAGGGUCUAAAUAUAUUAAAGUUGAAGUUUCCGAUGGAAGAGAAUGGACAAUCGGCCUUAGGAGAAUUCGUGGACUAUUGCAGAUGGGAAAGGGACUGAGUGCAUUUUUUAGGGACAAUAAUCUGAAAACAGGAGAUGUUUGCGUCUUUGAGCUGAUAAUUAAAAACAGUAUGGCGCUUAAAGCUUCUAUAUUUCAUACUGAUAUAAGCAUUAUUACAAAUGCCGCGUUUGAGUUUACAGAGGUAUCACCAGAAACUAAGAGAGCAAUUGGUACUGCUAGGGAGUACAAACCGAAAUAUCCUUCUUUUAUGGUGGUGCUUCGUUCACUUAAGUUGUUGAAUGUGCCGAAGGAUUUUUCGAGUAGGUAUCUUUACGGAACUCUCAAGAAUAUGAAACUAGAAGUUUCUGAUAAAAGGAAGUGGGAGAUCAGCCUUAGAAAAAAUAGGUCGCUUAUAAUAUUUGGGAACGGAAUGAAAGCAUUUAGCAGCGACAAUAAUCUGAAGGAAGGAGAUGUGUGUGUCUUUGAGCUGACAAGAAACAAUGGGGUGAUGAAAGUUUCUAUAUUUCCUGCAGUUGAAGAUGCUGAAACUUCCCUGCACUUGAAGAUUCAGAGCCUCAGAAUUGAUUGCUAAGGUCAAGAACUGAACUGCGUAUUAAAAUUGCGCUGUCAUGCGUAGGCUUUUGCACUUUUUACGCAGAUCACUGAAUGAAUAUGCAGUAGCUCAGUGAAUGUAAGGCUUAUGUUGCAGGACUGUAGCUUUUUGUUUUUGUUUUUGCUUUUUGCAAUGUGAAUCAGUUAGUAUAGAAGAGUGUAAGAACACCUAGGAAAUGUUUUUUCAUGUGGAAGAAGAAAGUAUAUCAAUAUACACUAUGGUGUUAAUGUGAA